ACUAAAUAAAAACAAAAUAGGAGUUAUGUAAGUUAUAAUAAAAGUGUCUGCGCAAUCGGUGUAUUUUCUUUCACCCGAUUCACUCCAACAAAUGAUUAUUUGCAAAACAUGACAAUUGACAAUUAUGUAUGACGCAUACUUCUAAAAGAAGCUUAUAGGAAUAACAUGCAAUUUUGUUUUUUCUACGCAUAAUUAGUGUUACCCCCAAUAUUAAACAGGUGUACAAGUUCACACUUGCAUGCAAUUAAAGCAAAAUGAGUUUUCUCGGUAAAUUAUUUGGUGGGAAAAAAGAAGAGAAGGGUCCAACGACUCAUGAAGCUAUACAAAAGUUACGUGAAACUGAGGAGUUGCUGAUUAAGAAACAAGAAUUUUUAGAAAGAAAGAUUGAAAUAGAAAUACAAACAGCUAGAAAAAAUGGUACCAAGAACAAAAGAGCGGCAAUUGCUGCGUUAAAACGUAAGAAGCGGUACGAGAAGCAAUUAACACAGAUCGAUGGUACUCUCACACAAAUAGAAGCCCAGAGAGAGGCACUGGAAGGUGCAAAUACCAAUGCACAAGUUCUCAACACUAUGAAAGAAGCGGCUAAUGCCAUGAAACUGGCACACAAGGAUAUAGAUGUAGACAAAGUCCACGAUAUCAUGGAUGAUAUUGCAGAACAACAUGAUAUAUCUCGGGAGAUAACGGAUGCUAUUAGUAACAAUGUCGCUUUCUCCAAUGACAUUGAUGAGGAUGAACUUGAACGUGAACUGGAAGAAUUAGAACAGGAGGAACUGGACAAGGAAAUGAUUGGUAUCAACGUACCUUCGGACAGUCUUCCAGAGGUACCAUCUACUGAACCUGUGCCCGAGAAAUCUAAACCAAGCAAGUCUGACGAGGAUGACAAAGAUUUUGCACUUCUCAAAUCCUGGGCCACAUAGGUUUCGACUUUAUGUAUUUUUUAAGCUGUCAUCCGUGAUAUAAUCUGCGUUGAAUCGAAAUAUAUUAUCUGUACAAUUACAAUA